AUGCCCUUGGUUGACCAUAUUGACAAUGGACCGGAUACAAUUAGAAUCCUUUUAACUACAGACAACCAUGUUGGGUGCUUUGAAAAUGAUCCCAUAAGAGGUGAUGACGGAUGGAAGACGUUUGAUGAGAUUACGCGAAUUGCAAAGGACAAGGAUGUAGAUAUGUUGGUACAAGGAGGUGAUUUAUUUCAUAUCAACAAGCCGACCAAGAAGUCAAUGUAUUACGUUAUGAAAUCAUUGAGGGCCAAUUGCAUGGGAAGUAAAGCUUGUCAGUUGGAGUUGUUGAGUGACCCUUCAACAACAAUGUUUAACGGAGUAGAUGAGGUCAAUUAUGAGGAUCCGAACUUGAACAUAUCGAUACCGGUGUUUGCUAUUAGUGGUAACCAUGAUGAUGCCACCGGUGAUGGCUUGCUUCUGGCUCUUGAUGUCUUGGCUGUCUCGGGUCUAGUUAACUAUUUCGGGAAAGUUAAAGACUCGGAAUCGAUUACUGUGAAGCCUAUACUUUUUGAAAAGGGAGACACUAAACUCGCAUUGUAUGGUAUGUCGAAUGUCAGGGACGAACGGCUACAUCGGCUCUUUCGAGACGCGAAAGUCAAGUUCGAGAGACCGGGAAUUGACACAAACAAGUGGUUCAAUUUCUUUGUCAUACAUCAGAACCACGCAAUGCACACUUUUACGUCAUGCAUACCGGAGAAUUUCUUGCCUCAUUUUCUCGACUUUGUACUUUGGGGUCACGAACAUGAAUGUAUACCGUAUCCUCUGCACAAUCCAGAAACAUCGUUUGAUGUGUUGCAAGCAGGAUCGUCGAUUGCAACAUCCCUAUCUGAGGGCGAAGUACCCGAUAAAAAGGUGUUUAUAAUAAGCAUAAAGGGCCGUGAUUAUUCUUUGGAGCCGAUUGAGUUGAAAACUGUAAGGCCCUUUGUGUUGAGAGAGAUUGUGCUUCUGAAGACCGAUUUGGUUGCUGGUGUUGCAAGCAAAGCAGACGUCAUUGCCUUUUUGACAAGUGAAGUUGAGAAAGCUAUUGAAGUAGCAAAAAACUCUUACUUGCAAAGUCACCCAGAAAUGAGUGCCUCCAAUGGUGCUAAACAAGGUCAUGAUGAUUUACAAAUUCCAUUACCGCUAAUUCGUCUUAGAGUAGAGUACAGUGGAGGAUACGAAAUCGAAAAUGUGCGGAGAUUUUCCAAUCAAUUUGUGGGGAGAAUUGCCAAUGUGAAUGAUGUUGUUCAAUUUUACAAAAAGAAAUCUCAACAAGCGCCGGAUAUCUUGCGAAAGAAGACCAAAUUUAGUGAUGAAAUGGUUGAUGAAAGUUUAGGCGAAAAGAGCACAACAGAAUUGGCUCUUCAGGAUAUUGUGAGCGAUUUUUUAAAGCAAACGCAAUUGACAUUGAUUCCAGAAGCCGGAAUAAAUGAAGCAGUGAAGAAGUAUGUGGAGAAUGAUGACAAAUACAGCCUUAAUCAGUACAUCAAUUCCGAGAUUAAAAAGGAGACCAAAAUGCUACUCAGUGUGGAUAUUGAUGAUCAAGAGUUUCUCGGGAUUGAGGAUGAGAAACACACCAGAAACGCUUUCAAACAAAUUCUACUACAGUUGAAAGAAGGAACGUAUGCUCAAUUGAACUUAGAAGCCGAGAAUGCAACAGCAAAGAGCUCAACGACAAAGGGCAAAAGUAAAACUGCAUCGAAAAGCAACGAGAUUGUGUUGGAUUCCAGUGACUCUGAUAGUGAAUUGCAUGAUGCCCCCACAUCAAGAUCACCUCACGCUAGAUCUGUUCUGCAUCCAGAUACGUAUGCCGAGGAUGAAAAUGAAAUACUCACUAGUGAAGACGAAUACUAUCCCGAACCGCCGAAAACAAGAGCGACUAGGGGAGGCAGACGGGGUCGAGGAAGAGGAAAAAAAUAA